AACCCUAACCCUAGCCCUAAACUCCCAUCUGAUCACCCUCCCCUUCUCCCCUUCCCCUUCCCAGACCCCGCCCCUCUCGGCCCACCCCCUCCUCCUGCCUACGGCUUCCACAUGCUCGAACGACGUACCAUCGUCCUCGCCGACGGCAGCGUCCGCUCCUACUUCGCCCUUCCCCCCGAUUACCAGGACUUUGCGCCCCGCCCUCUCGACUUCCUUCCCCGCUUCCCUCCGCCCCUCAGCCCCGGCCGAUUUCGCCUCCACGACUUCCCUCCCGGCGCCGCCAAGCGCAAGUACGGCGAAGACGAUGGCUCCCGGGAUGACCUUGCCAGGCAGAGGGAGCAGCUCCUCCGUAACGCCAAUGGCCUCUCUAGGAUUUCCGGCGGCGAGUUCUCUGCGGGCCCCAGCGGCGGUACCCCCCUCAAGCGUGAGUUGGUGGACCCCCCUGAAAUGAGGCCCUCCAAGCACUCGAGGCACGACGGGUCGAGUUUCAGUAGGCACCCGCAGGUGGAUCAGGACGCGUUGAAGAAAGCCUUUGUUAACUUCGCGAAGCUCAUCAACGAGAAUGUCUCGCAGAAGAGGAGUUACUUGGAGGAUGGGAAGCAGGGACGUCUUCACUGUCUUGCUUGUGGCACUGGCAGGUCUGCUAAAGAUUUUCCAGAUAUGCAUGCUCUCAUUAUGCACACUUACAACUCAGAUAACGCUGAUUCACAUGUUGAACAUUUGGGAUUGCACAAAGCUCUGUGUGUCUUAAUGGGUUGGAACUACUCAAAGCCUCCUGAUAACUCGAAGGCCUAUCAGUUUUUAUCUGUGGAUGAAGUAGCUGCAAAUCAGAAUGAUUUGAUCAUGUGGCCACCUUUGGUGAUCAUUCAUAACACAAAUACAGGAAAAAAUAGAGAUGGCCGUAUGGAGGGUUUGGGAAACAAAACUAUGGAUAAUAAAAUUAGAGGUAUAAUGUGAACCUCCAUUCUUUAUCGUCUUCUAUUAUGAUGUCUCUGUUAAUGGUGGUUAUGAGCUCAGGAAAAUAUUUCUUGCAUGCAUACUGAGUUGACCCUGUAGAGCAUUUUCAGUAGUUAGUUACCUUUCCCAAUAUUCCUUUCAGCAAAACUCUGGUUUAGGCUGAUGUUCAAUGGAAUAUUCUUAUGGCAUUAACUCUUCAAGGAUGAGGAGAUGAGAAGUCAUUUUGACUGUAUAAGAUUUGCCAUCAACAUCAAACUAGAAACUGGGACAUUAGAGAUUCCCCAUAAUUUAAAAUACAAAUUUUGAUUUUAUUUGACUUUCCAUUAAACAUCAAAAAAGUUUUUGGAGUUGAUUAUUCUGUCAAGGAUCCUUUUUUUUUUUUUUUGCAAA